GGCGGGUAGGUGAAGCUGUCCGGACUGAAAGACCCGAACCAAGAAGCUUCAUCAGGUUUGAUCCGGAAUAAAGCGGCUAUCCGGACCCCGGACGCCGCCUGUGACCGCAGCAGCCGCGAGGACAGCAUGUCCUCGGCCGGGACAUGGACUGGGACCAGCUGGACCUCCACCCCAGGAUCACCGCAGCCGUGAGGAGAGCUAACGUCAGGUCCGUCAGGGACGCCCUGUGUGUUUCCGGUCCGGAUCUGCAGAGACUCACCGGUCUGUCCCGCUCAGACACCCAGCAGCUGCUCGCCGCCGCCGCCACGGCCUGCAGACGGCACCCUCCCAUCCCAGCCCUCCUGCUCCGUGGUGGGGAGUCCGGCCUCAGACUCAGCGUGAGCUGUCCCGUGCUGGACCAGCUGCUGAGGGGGGGUCUUCCUGUGGGGGGCGUCACCGAGCUGGCAGGAGAGAGCGGGGCGGGUAAGACCCAGCUGGCCCUGCAGCUCUGUCUGUCCGCACAGUACCCCACGGAGCACGGGGGACUGGACUCAGGAGCCGUGUACAUCUGCACCGAGGACACGUUUCCCAUCAGGCGGCUGCAGCAGCUGAUCUCAGGUCAGUCCUGUCUGCGUCCUGAUGUCCCCCCAUCCCUGAUCAGCAGCCUCCGGUUCAGUGACCACGUUUACAUCGAGCACGCCGCUGAUCUGGACUCCCUGCAGGUGUGUCUGUCCCGCCGGGUCCCCCUCCUGCUGGCUCGGGGUUUGGUCCGGCUCCUGGUGGUCGACUCUGUGGCGGCUCUGUUCAGGUCUGAGUUCCAGGCUGCUGAUUGGCUGGAGAGGAGCAAACAGCUGCUCACCUUCUCCUCCACACUGCACCACCUGAGCCAGGAGUUCACCACACCCGUCCUCUGCAUCAACCAGGUGACGGAUGUCUUCAGCAGCUCGGACCACAGUUUGGGCCCUCUGUCCUCCAACGUAGCCCCGGCGCUGGGGUUGGCCUGGGCCAAUCAGGUGACGGUUCGGCUGAUGAUGCGGCGCCUUCAGGGGACGGUCGCCCGUGGCGACCAGCACAGCGCCCUCCGCAGGCUGGAGGUGGCGUUCGCUCCUCAUCUGGCCCGAGACGGGCGAGACGCCGGCGUCUGGAGGGAGGGGGUCCGGGGAGUCCUGAACCCUGACAGCUAGACUGAGUCCGUACCAGAGUCCCUGUUAACACGAGGGAACAUGUAAAACCGGAGACGGUUAAUAAACAGAGUUAUUUACGCUGUGGACACCCGGCAGAGCGCCGCCUCCGAGCGGCGGGGUAAGUGGUUCUGUGUUGUUAGAGUACUGUAGUACUGCGGUGGAGUACACCUGUGAGUAGCAGCAGUCUCCUCCCUGUCUGAGUAAUACUUCAUAUCAGUACGUUUUGGUACUGCCAGUACUUCCUGUGUAUAAGUCGUGUGUUCAGAUAAUAAAACUGCAGUUUCACUCUCGG